AUGCAGUGGCACCGUCUCCUCACUCCGACUCGCUUCGUUCCUCGGCGCCAUGACGACCCCAACAGCAGGAACAACUCCCGGGUUUUGCGGCCUCCCGGUUGUGGAUCUAAUUUCUCUUUAGGUUUCGAUGAACCAGCAGAACAACCUGUGAGAAGGAACAAGAUGGCCUCAAACAUCUUUGGGACAUCUGAAGAAAAUCCCUCUUCGUGGGCCAAGUCCACAGGUGCCAAGUCUAGCAAUGGUGACAGGGAAGAUUCUGAGUCAUCUUUGACCCAGACAAGAAACUCUUCUGAAGCAAACACUGGAGACUUCUUCGAUCUGAAGGGAGAAGGUGUGAUUCAUGAAAACAUGGACACAGACCUGCCAGCCAGCCUGGGACAGAGUGAGGAGAAGCCCGUGCCUGCCGCCCCUGUGCCCAGCCCAGUCACGCCAGCCCCCGUGCCAUCCAGGAGAAACUCACCGGGCGGCAAGUCCAGCCUGGUCCUGGAAAUAUGCCAGGUCUUCGCACUACUGACUGACGAGCAAAGCCUGCUGCCCUCGUAG